CGGUAUCUCUCUGCGUCCCGGACAUUAGUCACGGAGUUUCUGGGGAAGGAGACGUGUAGCUAAAGAGGCGUGUGUCGGGGCGCCCGCCGCCGCGGGGGCCAUGGAGCCGCCGUUCAGCCCGAGCCGGCCGGUCUCCCAAGGCCUGGAUGUGGACUGGGAUUCAACCCUUUUUGCUGAACUUGGUGAUUUAAUGGAUACAGAAGAGUUGCAGCUGGAUGUAGAGAAUGAAACUUAUGAAAACAAUUUCUAUAACCUUGGCUUUGAUUUGGAUUUGAUGCCAUGGGACUCAGAUCCUUGGGAGAUUGCAAACCAAUCUUGUGCAGAUAAACAUAUCAAGGCAGAGCCUCAGCCACUUUCUCCAGAUUCCUCAAGCUGUUCAGUCUCUUCUCCUCAAUCAGUGGAUUCUUAUUCUUCAACCCAGCAUGUUCCUGAAGAGUUGGAUUUAUCAUCUAGCUCCCAGAUGUCUCCCCUUUCUUUAUACAGUGAAACCUCCAACAGUCCUUCCUCAUCAGAGUUACUAAAGGAAGACAAGCCCGUCAUUGGUGCCACAAACAGGACUGUAAAUGGACUGACUCCAAAAAAACAAAGUCACAUUAUUUCAAAGCCUUCAAUUCAGCCCAAGCCAUUAAUUCUGCCAGCAGUACCCAAGAGCCAAGCCAACUCUACCAUUCCAACCAAAGCAAUCAUCAUUCAGACACUCCCAACGCUCCUACCCUUGACAAAGCAGCAACCUGUUAUUCACAUUCAACCUGCACCUGCUAAAGGUCAACCUGUUGUGCUCUCUCAACCGACCAUGGUACAACUACAGGCACCUGGAAUUCUGCCUUCUGCUCAGCCAGUCAUUGCUGUCACUAGGGGAACCACUCAACUACCUAACCAUGUGGUGAAUGUGUUACCAACCCCUGUAGGGAAUAACCCAGUUACGGGCAAACUCUCCAUGACUAAACCUAUCCUACAGACUACCACAAGAGGUGUGGGCUCAGAUGUGACUGUCCUACGGAGACAACAGCGCAUGAUCAAAAAUCGAGAGUCAGCCUGUCAGUCUCGCAAGAAGAAGAAAGAAUAUAUGUUAGGUUUGGAGGCAAGAUUAAAAGCAGCCCUUUCAGAAAAUGAGAGACUUAAAAAAGAGAAUGGAUCCCUGAAGCGGCAGCUGGAUGAAGUAGUGUCAGAGAAUCAGAAGCUCAAAGUCCCCAGUCCAAAACGGAGAGCUGUGUGUGUGAUGGUGGUGCUGACAUUCAUAAUGCUGAACUAUGGCCCCAUAAGCAUGUUUGAGCGGGAUUCCAGCACUGUGACUUCUAAUAUGAACCCUGCACAUCAGAGUAGACAUCUUUUAGGAUUCUCAGCUACUGAGGGACAAGAUUCAGUUCCAGGAAAAGUUGAUGGGGCCAUCCAGAAAAACAAUUACAGAUAUGACCAUUCUGUCUCUGAUGACAAAGCUCUGAUGGUGGUGACUGAAGAGCCGCUGUUGUAUAUUCCUCCACCUCCUUGUCAGCCAAUAAUUAAUCGUACAGAGUCUCUCAGGUUGAAUCAUGAACUCAGAGGAUGGGUUCAUAGACAUGAAGUAGAGAGGACCAAGUCAAGAAGAAUGUCAAAUAGUCAGCAACAGAAAACACGUGUGCUACAGAAUUCUCUGGAACAUGGUUCUAAUUCCCAGCUCAUGGCUGUGCAGUAUACAGAAGCAACCAGCAUCAGGAAUUCAGGAAGUGAGCUGCAAGUUUAUUAUGCCUCACCUAGAAGUUAUCAAGACUUCUUUGAAGCUAUCCGAAGAAGGGGAGAUACCUUUUAUGUUGUGUCCUUUCGAAGGGAUCACCUGCUAUUACCAGCUACCACCCAUAACAAGACCACAAGACCAAAGAUGUCAAUAGUUUUGCCAGCAAUAAACAUAAAUGAGAAUGUAAUCAAUGGGCAGGAUUAUGAAGUGAUGAUGCAGAUUGACUGUGAAGUGAUGGACACCAGAAUCCUCCACAUCAAGAGUUCGGCUGUUCCUCCCUACCUCAGAGAUCAUCAGAGGAAUCAGACCAGCAGCUACUUUGGCUCUCCACCAGCUGCCCCAGAGGCGACGGCCCAUGUUGUCAGUGCGAUCACUGAGUCUGUGCAGUAGGCAGCUGAUGUGCCUGCUGCCACAGACCUCCACAGCCAGAUUGGUGAUGGGCCGCAUGUCAGACAAGCACAUCUUGCUGCUCUCUUUUUGGCAGGCAGUUUAGUAUUGCCCGGUGAUAUAAUUCAGUGUCUACCUAGGGGAAUGAUAGGUGAGGGAGCAAAGGAGGAACGCUUUUGUUUUCCAGCAGCCUUACUGUCACACAGGUGGUGCGAGGGCAGCCUGGCGAGAUAUUUCAGAGGCAAACUCAGUCCUUGGUUCCUCCAGUGCUACCCUUCAGAGCGCUUCUGUACUUCCUGGGUGUUCUUGCCAUUCGAUCCUCAUCUUGUGUUUAAAUAGAUAUCUCCUUCUUUCACAUCAGCUUCCUCUCCCCUCCCUCCCUGAGGCAUGUCCAGUGUGGCUACACUUGAUUUGGGGAAAUGUCGUCUUACUACACAUGAUGUAUGUAGCAAAGUGAUGUAACUGCCCCUUCUAGGGCUGGUAUUUAUCCAAAUGACGGGUCUCAAAACCUAGCAGCUGAAAGUACUCAGCUACUACUAAAUUGUAUUGAAAACACUCAAAACAAGCUUGCUUUUGAUCCAAGCUGAAGGUAAAGUGGAAGAGCCCUCGGUUGGUAACUUCUAACCUUAGUGGAAUCUGUUGUUCAUAUUUCAUAUCCACCUCUAAAAGUCUGAUGCUACACUUAAAAGCUGCCUGAUGUUGCACGGGUGGUAUGGUGGGGAACAGAAAACAUGCUGAUUUGAAAGAAUGAAAUUUCUUUUGUCUCACUAAUGAUUUGAAAAUGAGAGAACUACAGGAAAAUUUAAUGUGGAGAAUGGAGGAAGAAAUAGCUAAAGUAAUAAAAGUUUUUAAAGCUGUGAAAAUAUUUGGGGGCACUCUAAAAUAAAAACUUAGCUUUAAUAUAGCUUCAUUAAAUUAAUUCACAGGGA